AGCCCAAUCCUAAUUUCCUCCGCCCAAAUCCCGUCCAGACACAUACACCACCAGUAGGAUUAUAAUACCUUAGCACUUGUAAUCCAUCAUCAUCCAUCAAACUCUCUCUAGUCUUACUACCCUCCGGAGCCUACGCUACACGGUAACCGCAGCAAUGGCAGCCGCAACCACCACAUUCACCCUGACAAAACUCCUCUCCUCGACCCCAAAACCCCUCACCCCUCUCCUCUCCUCCAAACCCCUUUCCUCUUUCUCCUCCUCCUUCGCCGUCUCCCGGCUCCCCCUCAAACUCCACCACCCCCUCCACCUUCCCAAGCCCAUCCUCAGAUUCUCCUCCACCCAGACAAAAAUCUCCGCCACCAUCUCCGUCGGGGACAAGCUCCCAGACGCCAGCUUAUCCUACUUGGAUGCCUCCAACGACGUCCAGACCGUGUCCAUCUCCGACCUUACCGCCAACAAGAAAGCCAUCCUCUUCGCCGUCCCUGGGGCCUUCACUCCAACUUGCUCCCAGAAGCACGUCCCGGGAUUCGUGGAGAAGGCCUCUGAAUUAAAGUCCAAAGGCGUGGAUACCAUCGCUUGCAUUGCGGUCAACGAUGCCUUCGUGAUGAAGGCGUGGAAGGAGAAUCUGAACAUCACCGGUGACGAUGUGUUGUUGUUGAGCGAUGGAAAUGGAGUCUUCACGAAAGCUAUCGGGGUCGAGCUGGACUUGACUGAUAAGCCAAUGGGGCUGGGAGUUAGGUCUAGAAGGUAUGCGAUGUUAGUGGAAGACGGGGUUGUCAAGGUAUUGAAUUUGGAGGAAGGCGGAGCUUUCAAUGUUAGCAGUGCUGAGGAUAUGCUCAAGGUUCUUUAAAUUCUUAUCUUUUAUCUUAUGUAGUUUUCUUUGUUCGAGGGAUGUUGAAACGAUGAGAAAUGCUGCUUUUUGUUGCGAAUAAAAGGCUAGGGAUAGAAUUUUAGCUGUUGAGGAUACUAAUUUCUCUCUGAAAAAAAUGGGCUUUUGUGCGAAUUAAUGCGUUUCUGUUCUUGGUCAAUCUGUAAGUUACUAGUUUCUACAUUAUUGUUCAAAGUCCUUUUUUUUCUUUUGAA